AAACGUCAAAAUGGAGCAUGACUUUGAUGGAGUUUUCAAAUGUUUCAAAUCAAUUUUUCUUUGUUUCCUGUUGUCGGUGACCUACUUGGCUAGUCUUCAUGUGUGGAACAGUCGUUUUAACAGAGAUCAUCCAUCGACGAUAAAGAAGAGAUUUAUAAGUGCUUUCACGAUGCUAUUCGUAUCACCAUGUUUUUUAUACAUUGGAUUAGAUGACGAAACAGUUGAAAAGGCAGCAUUUCUUGAAAUAAUGGGACUAAGAUAUCAGGGAUUAGGCCAAGCUAUUUUUGUGCCGCUAUUUCUGACCAUGAUACUUUUUUUGGGCCCCAUUUCUAUGGAGCUGUGCAAUGGAUUUUCCAAACUAUACGCUAAAAGAAAAGAAGAGAACCAACAACACACCAACAAAUUGAUAUGGAUUAGGAACCAUUUAGUGGCACCAUUAUCGGAGGAAUUCACCUACAGAAGUUGUAUGCUCCCAGUUCUGCUUCAGUCUUUCACUCCUACUGCCACAGUACUCAGUAGCCCAUUAUUUUUUGGAGUAGCCCAUUUCCAUCACAUGUGGGAGCGAAUUCACCACAUGGGCAUGAGCUUCGAUUCAGCGUUGAAAAUAUCAUGUUUCCAGUUCACCUACACGACCAUGUUCGGAAUGUAUUCGGCCUACUUAUUCUACCGAACCGGUCACUUCGUCUCCAUUUUCAUCGUCCACGCUUUCUGCAACCACAUGGGAUUCCCGGACAUCGCAGAAAUCUGCACGUACAAACCGAGAAAGAGAAUUACCAUCGUCAGCUUGUUCGUCCUCGGUUUCGUGUCUUGGUGUUUCUUGUUGGUACCUCUGACAGAACCUCGUCGGUACCACAAUAACCUUCUGCUUUUUUAACGGAGGCAUCGUUUUAGGAUAUUUUUUAACAAUGACGAUUUUUAGUGUUUCCAGAUUGUUAUUGUAAAUCUAAUGGCGAAUUCCAUCGGCAGCAACUGAUGUUUCUCCACAGGGAUUGUAUAGGGUUGUUAAAAAAAACGGAAUUUUGAUUUUGAAUGAUAACUUUUUCAUUAUUGAACGGAUUCCAUUGAUUUUGGUCUUUUUUGGAAGAUAAUUGAACGAGACAAAACGUCAACUUCAUAUUCUUCAAAUUCUUCCAGGAAACAAAAUAUACCACACCUGUCUUUAUCCUGUAAUAUAUCAAGUAAUUUCCAACGGAUUUGUAUCUUUGACAUCUUGUCGCAUUCACAAAAGUACACGCUUUCAGAAUAUCAUACGCAUAAAUAUACAGUGUGACUCAAAAAAGCUUCAGCAAGUUUAAAACUUUCAUCAAGUUUAGGCGUGUCCGCCAUUUUGUUUCCUGGGAGAAUUUGAAAAAUAUUAAGUUGGCGUUUUGUCUUGUUCAAUUAUCUUCCAAUCAAGACCAAAAUCAAAGAAAUCUGUUCAAUAAUAAAAAAGUUAUCCAAACACAAAAUUCCGGAUUUUCUGGACAACCACUGUUUAUCACUUGCGAGUAUAAGGAAACAUAUACAAUGAGUGCAGAAACACUCCACCAGUUCCUGCCAAUGGUAUUCGCUAUAAUACCGUUUUCCACAUUGUAAAAAAAAUUGAAAACUUCCAGUGGGGAAAAAGUUCGUGAGCUAGUGCGACGAUUGGAAAACGGUUGAAAUUGAAUUCGCGAUAGAAAAUAAGCGUACGCCACCUAUUGGAGUUCUUGAAAGCUGUGAUAGCGGUCUGAUUACUUUGAUUUCAUUGGUUCACAUUUGUUUUUGUUUGUGUUUAUUGGUCAUUCACAUCCAUGGAAACAAACCGCUCAGAAAUGUUCAAAUUGUUGCUCUCAGGUGAGGCGACGUGUUAUGUCUCCAGUGUCACCCGGUAUAUUGUUUAUACACAAUCACAAUGCCACUAUCGAACCGUGUGAAACAAAAUAUAAGAAAUAAGUUGACUUUCGGCACACCCUGUAUAGCUGAGGAACCAAUUUUUAAGUUUCCGAUGCUGCAUAUGUUGGGAAAAUGUCCAAUGUGUGGCAUACACGUAAAUAUAUCGCCCUGUAUAACAUCUCAGGAUUGUCCAAGAAGGUUGUAUCAUUGAGUUUAAAAAGUUAAUCAUUAUAAAUAGGUACUUUGUAAAUAUAAUUCUCCAAUGUAUAAUUAUAGGUAAUUGAUAACUACCUAUUAUAUAUAUAUAUAUACCUACCUACCAGAAGUUUUCAUAUUGUUGUCAAUUACCAUCAAUUACUGUUGGAUCGAAUAAAUUCGCUCAAUAUAAUA